AAGAGGUCGCAACUCGCGAGAGGGUUUCGGGUGGCACAGCCUCUUUUUCGUCGAGAGGGCCCGACUACGCCCCGGCUCCAGGCAGUACGUAAGCCACACCACCUCACAAGCGACCCAAGACUCCAGCGAAGUCGCGAGAUCCUGCUGCCUGCAGUAGCCUGCGGGACAUCAUCGGUCCAGCAAGCGAGACUUGUGCGCCCAUCCACCCAUAGAGACAGACCCAUAUGUCGAGUGCAGACUGUGCUGUGCUGCGUCUGUCGAAGUGGGCCUUGGUCCUUAUCAUCUCUCCCUCAUCAAUUCCACUACCCCACAAUGGCCAUUGCCAUCGUCUCUGUUCCACAUGUAUUUAUAUAGCCCACAAUCAGUUCAACCAAGUCAAGUAUCUUUCAGACCUGUUGCACCAACCGCCAACGGAUUGUCAGAAGUCCAAUCAUCACACUUGCAAGCCCUCUGCAAUCAGGCACUAUGACCAACAACAACACUCUGACGACCACCGAGACAGACCUCGCGACAUUCGCGAAUGCGGAUGCCAGUGACAAUGCGACUACGGCCAAAGUGCCGGUCAAGCCAAUCACCAAGCCUCCGUCGGAUGGAAUUAUCAAGAUUCAGCCGCUUCGCAAGCAGGAUAUGCAGCCAACCUUUGCGCAGGAGCUUGGAGCUGCUGACGUCAACUAUGGAUUUUACGGCGCCAUGAUUAACUGCUUGGGAACGAUUGCGGGCGGCCUGGGUCAAAUUCCGUGCUGCUUCUGCUGCCCAAACCCAUACAAGGAGGUCCCGCAGGGGUCGGUCGGUCUCAUCACUCGUUUCGGGCAAGCUAUUCGCAGUGUUGACCCUGGUCUUGCGCACAUCAAUCCUUGCUCCGAGUCGAUCAAGAUCGCUAACGUCCAGAUCCAGCUCAGUACUUUGCCGAGGCAGCAGGUGCUUACCCGGGAUUCUGUCAAUGUGGAAAUAGACUCAGUCGUCUACUACCACAUCUCCAAUCCAUACAAAGCUAUCUUCGGCGUUGCAGAUGUGCGUCAAGCGCUGAUUGAGCGUGCACAAACCACGUUACGCCACGUCGUCGGCUCCCGUAAUCUGCAAUCUGUAAUCUCUGACCGCGAGGCGGUUGCGGCUGAGAUUCAAGAGAUCGUCGAAUCCGUCUCAGAGCAAUGGGGUGUCACUUGCGAAAGCAUUCUCAUCAAGGACAUCAUUUUGUCUCACGAGACGCAAGAAUUGCUAUCGAGCGCUGCGACGCAGCGACGCAUCGGAGAGAGCAAGAUUAUCGGUGCCAGGGCUGAAGUCGAGGCUGCGAAACUGAUGAGGCAGGCCGCCGACAUUCUCGCAAGCCCUGCAGCCAUGCAGAUCAGGCAGCUUGAGGCUCUACAAGCCAUGGCAAAGAGCAGUGCGUCCAAGACGAUAUUCGUUCCAAUGAACCUGGAUUCUAUGGGUGGCGCUUCGAUGACGGAUGCCACAAGUGCUCAAAUUACCGCUAGUGGGGUCGGUGGACGCAGCAGCAAUGCCAACUACAAUCUCAGAGAUAUUGCCACCAUGAACCAGCUCGCCGAGCAGCGUUGAGCUAGCGUUAGUCUUGGUCCCAUGCACAGCCUUUUGGAGACCAUCUACUGCUACGCAACGAGGCUCUUCCUGGUCGCCCUCACUUGGCGCCUCCUGUACGAACUUUGGUCGACUUGAACAUACCAUUUGUAGUAGUACUGAAGCGGCCUUAGCAACUACGGACCCGCAACGUGGCCUUUUGAAACCAUUUCAGCCCUGGGGGUUUUUUUUUGUGGAACCAAUGCGCGUUGCACGGGUAAUGUACAGUACUGCAUCAAUGAAGAAGAAAUCAUCGG